UCCAGGGCGCUGACGUCCAAACAGUCUAGUCACUGUAGGAAACUCCUCCCGCGAAAGUCGUUUUAUCCACGAAUAAAAACGCUCACUCGUUGAGCGCUCCUUCUAGUCAAACUGGCUGCGCGGCGGAGGCUUGGAGUCUCGACAGGCAGCCGGAAUAAAUAAUUGAGGAGCACAAACAGACACAGCCUCCGUAACCAUAAAGAACGCCUUCUCGGUUUUAUUGUGUAUAUUUCAGUUUGUCAGGGGAAUAACGUACAAGCCGACAAGAAGCACACGCAGCUUCUCCAAAAUUUGGGAAUGACCGCUAAUCCAACGACUGGGUUGCUGCUCGCGCUGUGCCUCGGCAGCGUCGUGCAUUGUGCGCAGCAGACUCAGGAAUCACUUUACUCUCUCCUCGAUGACCAAUCCGACUGCGUUGAAAAUGGUCGGCGCUAUCCUUUAAACGCCCAGUGGGAACGGCCCUAUCUGGGUGGCACAUUGCUCUGCACUUGUCACGGGACUGGAGGAAUUAAAUGUAAAUCUAAACCUGAAGCCGAGGAAACUUGCUAUGAUAAAGUCAACGCGCGGUCGUACCGGGUGGGAGAAACUUACGAGCGUCCCAAGGAUGGUAUGAUCUGGGACUGCACGUGCAUCGGCUCUGGACGGGGCAAAAUCAGCUGCACUAUUGCAAAUCGCUGUCACGAGGGAGGCCAGUCUUACAAGAUCGGGGAUACCUGGAGAAGACCCCAUGACACCGGAAACUAUAUGCUUGAAUGCGUCUGUCUCGGCAAUGGCAAAGGGGAGUGGACCUGCAAGCCUGUUGCUGAGCGUUGCUACGACAACAUGGCAGGCACAUCCUACGUGGUGGGCGAGACCUGGGAGAAGCCCUACCAGGGCUGGAUGAUGGUGGACUGCACCUGCCUUGGGGAGGGUAGCGGCCGCAUCACCUGCACCUCCAGAAACCGCUGCAAUGACCAGGACACGCGGGCGUCCUACCGCAUCGGGGACACCUGGAGGAAGAGGGAUGCGCGCGGGAACGUUCUGCAGUGCCUGUGCAUGGGGAACGGGCGCGGGGAGUGGAAAUGCGAGCGCCACACCACCAACACCGGCGGGGGCACUGGUACGAUUGUCAAUACACCAGUGGUGGUGCCCCUGCCGGAGCCGACCGUGGAGGGGACCUGCAGGUCGGACUCGGGCUUGACGUACUUCCUGGGCAUGCGCUGGAUCAAGACCCAGGGCAGCAAGCAGAUGCUGUGCACCUGUCUGGGCAACGGGGUCAGCUGCGAGCCGUGGGACGGCCAUGCUCAGGUGUACGGCGGGAACUCGGGCGGGCAGCCCUGCGUCUUCCCCUUCGUCUUCAUGGGAAAAACGUACUACUCCUGCACCUCUGAAGGGCGGGGUGACGGGCAGCUGUGGUGCAGCACCUCCUCCAACUACGAGACGGACCAGAAGUACUCCUUCUGCACGGAGAAGAACGUGCUGGUGAAGACCAGAGGUGGGAACUCCAACGGGGCCCUGUGUCAGUUCCCCUUCAUAUACAACGGCCGCAACUACACCGACUGCACCUCCGACGGGCGCCGCGACGGCAUGAAGUGGUGCGGCACCACCACCAACUACGACGGAGAGCAGAAGUUCGGUUUCUGCCCCAUGGCCGCUCACGAGGAGGUGUGCACGACCAGCGACGGGGUAAUGUACCACGUCGGGGACCAGUGGGACAAGCGGCACGACGUGCUGGGUCACAUGAUGCGCUGCACGUGCGAGGGAAAUGGCCGCGGCGAGUGGACUUGCAUCGCCUACACCCAGCUCAAAGACCAGUGCAUUGUGGACGGGCUGAACUAUGAGGUGAACCAGACCUUCACCAAGCGGCACGACCAGGGCUACAUGAUGAACUGCACCUGCUUCGGCCAGGGCCGCGGCCGCUGGAAGUGCGACGCCAUCGACCAGUGCCAGGAGCCAGAGACGAAGGUGUACUACCAGAUUGGGGAAUCCUGGACCAAGGCCAUCCAGGGUGUCAACUACCAUUGCUAUUGCUAUGGCAACGGCAUUGGCGAGAUGAGCUGUCAGCCCCAGGGCUACCCCGGCGGAAACCGACCGGUCCAGGUGAUCAUCACAGAGACAGGGAACCAGCCCAACGCCCACCCCAUCCAGUGGAACACCCCCCCCUCCGCCCACAUCUCCCAUUACAUCCUCAAGUGGAGACUGAAAAGCAGCAAUCGCCCCUGGAGGCAGGUGACCAUCCCCGGCCACCUCAACUCGUACACCAUCGGCGGGCUGAAGCCCGGCCUCACCUACGAGGGAGAGCUGAUCAGCAUUCUGCGCUACGGCACCCGUGAGGUCACCCGCUUUGACUUCACCACGACGGUCGGCUCCGUGGUCGGGGAGACCACCCAGCCCCCACCGGUGGUGGACACCUCGGAGUCGGUGACUGAGAUCACUUCCAGCAGCUUCGUCAUCUCCUGGGUGUCCGCGUCCGACACGGUGUCCGGCUUCAGGGUGGAGUACGAGCUGAGCGAGGAGGGAUCGCAGCCCGUGGUCCUGGAACUGCCCCGCACUACUACAUCUGUCAACCUCAGCGACCUGCUGCCCGGGCGCAAGUACACGGUGCACGUCUACGAGCUGACGCCAGACGGGAACACCAACCUCAUCCUGACCACCACCCAGACCACAGCUCCGGACGCCCCGUCCGAACACCAGGUGCAGGAUGUGGGAGAGACUUCCAUCAUGGUCAGCUGGUCCAAGCCCCUGGCGCCUAUCACAGGGUACCGCGUUGUCUAUACUCCGUCAGAAGAGGGCAGCAGCACAGAGCUCCUCCUGCCUGACACCGCCACCUCCGUGACCCUGACUGACCUGCGCCCCGGCGUGCUCUACAACAUCAGCAUCUACGCUGUGGAGGAGAACCAGGAGAGCGAGCCUGUCUUCGUACAGGUCAACACGGAAGGAGAGCCCAUAACUGAGGAAGUCCUGGCCCCGACGGACCUGCAGUUCUACGAGGUGACCGACAGCAAGAUCACCAUCACAUGGACGGGCCCGGCGGCCGAGGUGUCGGGGUACCUGGUGGCCUUCGGGCCCGCCGACUCCGACAGCCCCCGGCAGACGCUGCCCAUCACCCGCAACGCGUACGCCGAGGUGCAGCCGCUGCAGCCUGGGACCCUGUACCGCUUCUACAUCUACACCGUCAGCGGGGACACCAGGAGCCAGCCGCUGGUUGGAGAGCACGCCACCAAGCCGGAUGCCCCCACCAACCUGCACUUCCGCAAUGUGACGGACAGCAGCGUCCGGGUCGUCUGGGACGUCCCCAGAACCACCUUGACAAAGUACCUCCUGACCCUGACGGUCGAAGGCUACCUCCCGAAGCAGUUUAACAUCCCGGCCGACCUGCAUCAGUUCACCCUGCUGGACCUGUUCCCCGACACCGAGUUCCUCAUCACCCUGCAGGCCGAGAAGGACGGCGAGCGCAGCAAGGAGGUGCAGGGCAGGUUCCACACCGCUCGUCCAAAGGGAGACGCCCCUCCCUUCACCACUGACGUCACCGACACCUCCAUCGUCAUCUCCUGGACCCCAGUGCCCAACAUCAAAUACAAGCUGACCGUGAGGCCCAGCCAAGGGGGAGAGGCUCCCAGAGAAGUCACCUCUGACUCCGGCAGCAUCUACAUCUCUGGCCUGACCCCAGGGGUCGAGUAUACCUACAGCAUCCAGCCAGUCAUCAACGGGCAGAACCAAGGCCCGCCCAUCACACGCCGCGUCACUACGCCUCUGUCUCCUCCCACCAACCUCAUUGUGGAGUCGCACCCGGACACGGGCGAGCUGACUGUCCAGUGGAGCGCAACCACCACGCCUGAUAUCACAGGGUACCGUGUGACUUGUAACCCGACCGACGGGCAGCACGGAAACUCCCUUGAGGAGUUUGUGAAGCCGAGCGAGACGUCCUGUACCCUGGAGAACCUGAGCCCGGGCGUGGAGUACAACGUCAGCGUCUUCACCGUCAAGGAGCACUUGGAGAGCGUGCCCGUGUCCACCACCGUCACGCAAGAAAUACCCCAGAUCACAGACCUCGAAUUUUUCCAAAUCACCAACUCGUCCAUCACCAUGAGGUGGUCCCCGCUUAACUACACGGAAAUCGAGGGCUACCGCAUCACGGUGGUGGCGGCCGGGGAGAGCGUCCCCGUUUUCGAGGAGGUGGUGGAGUCCACGGCGGGGGAGUACACGGUGCACGGACUGCAGCCCGGCGUCGAGUACGACAUCAGCGUCACCCCCGUCACCCAGGAUGGAGCUGGCAAACCUACCACACACACCCAGCAAACCGGUGAAUUCCCACCUCCGCUUUUUUCGGGCGGGGCGCAGGGGGGGGGCUCUGACACGGAGAAGGCGCUGGAUUCCCCCACGGGUCUGGACUUCUCCGAAAUUUUCACCAACUCCUUCACCGUCCACUGGGUGGCGCCCCGCGCCUUCAUCACCGGCUACAGGAUCCGCUACAAGCCAGCCACUGGCGGGCGCGCCAAGGAUGAGAGGCUGCCCCCGUCCCGGACCCACUUCACCCUCACGGGCCUGAUCCCAGAGACGGAGUACAUCGUCAGCAUCUACGCCGUCAGCGGUGCCCAUGAGAGCGCGCCCCUCACCGGCCAGCAGUCCACCAUUUCCGACGCCCCCACCGACCUGGAGGUGACGGACACCUCUCCCACCAGCAUCACCGUCCGCUGGGACCCGCCCCCCGUGUCCGUGCGCUACUACAGAAUCACCCACGGGGAGACAGGAGGCCAUGACAUCCCCACCGAGUUCACCGUCCCGGGCACCAAGUCCACAGCCACAAUCAGCAACCUGCAGCCCAGCACCGAGUACAUCAUCACCGUUUAUGCCGUCACCGGGAGAGGGGACAGCCCUGCCUCCAGCACCCCCAUCUACAUCACCCAGAGGACAGAUGACACUGACGGAAACAAGACCCCCUCUCAGAUAGACGUGGCGGACGUGAAGGACACCAGCAUUACAGUGCGCUGGACCCCUGCCAAAGGCCCCAUCACUGGAUACAGAGUCACCGCUGUGCCCAAAAAUGGCCAAGGCCCCUCCCUCUCUGAGGUGGUCGGCCCUGACCAGACAGAGAAGACCUUCACUGGCCUCUCUCCUGCAGUGGAGUACAUACUGAGUGUGUAUGCCCUGCGUGAGGAUGGAGAGAGCCCGUCUCACGACGUGACCAUAGUGACCACCAUGGACCAACCAAGAGACCUGACCUUCUCUGACGUGGACACCACCUCCAUGCGGAUCUCCUGGGAGGCCCCCGACACGGUGGUGACCUCGUACAGGGUUCUGUACUCCAGCCGGGAGGAGGGCGAGCGCGAGCUGUACCCCCGCCCGCAACCGGACGCCGAGACCGCCGUCCUGACCCACCUGCAGCCUGGGACGGAGUACACGGUCAAGGUCAUCGCCAUGCACAGGCACACCCCGAGCCCGCCCCUGGUUGGGACACAGGUCACAGCUAUCCCUCCCCCCACCAAUCUGGACUUUGGCCAGGUGGGUCCUUCCACCGUCACCGUGUCUUGGCACGCCCCCAAGGCCCAGCUCACGGGCUACCGCGUGGUGGUCAACCCGAAGAAGAGCGGCCCGGCCAAGGAGCUGAACGUGGCCCCCGACACCACCCAGGUCGUGGUGUCCGGGCUCAUGGUUGCCUCUACGUAUGUGGUGCAAGUCUAUGCCCUGAAGGACACCAUCUCCAGCCGACCUGUUCAAGGAGAGGUCACCACCUUUGACAAUAUCAGCGCCCCUCGCCGUGUGCGCAUCACUGAAGUGACGGACUCCGCCAUCACCCUCACCUGGCGCUCCAAGGUGGAGCCCAUCACGGGCUACCUCAUCGAGGCCACGCCCAGCUUCAGCGGCGAAACACCCAUCAGAAGGACCAUCCCGGCAGACGAGCGCUCCUACACCAUCACUGGCCUGCAGCCCAGCACCACGUACAUCAUCCACAUCUACACCCUGAACGGGGACAGCCGGAGCCCCCCCUUUACUCUCAGUGUGACCACAGCCAAGUCCUCAGUGGAGCCUCCCACCAACAUCCGCUUCACCUCCCUCACCCCCACCACCAUCUCCUUCAUCUGGGAGCCCCCCCGCGGCCGCGUCACCGGCUACAUCGUCACCUACGAGGAGGCGGGCGGAGUCCCCCGGGAGCUGCUCCCUUCACCCCCUCCUUCCAGGAGCUACGCCACCAUCACCGGGCUAAAACCAGGCACUGAGUACAUCAUCAAGAUCACUGCCCUGCAGAAUACCAACAGAAGCCCUGCUCUUGUGGGCAAGGCCAGAACUCAGCCGGGCUCCUCCCUGCACGUGCCUGACCUCCCCAUCCACACCGGCUCAGGCAACCUGGACGUGCCCGAGGAGACGGGCGUCACGCCCACCGCCAGUGGGAACGCACUAAGCCCCGACGGGCAGGACUCCACAGGCCAGCACAUCUACAUCGAGGACGGGAGCGGUCGCCGGCCCGGCGACCGCCGGCCGCAGAUCUACAUCCCCCAGGCGGGGCCCCACGGGGAGCGCGUGCCCGUGGUGCAGGUCAAUGAGGUCUUCUUUUCGGGCGGCCCACUGGGUUUCCCCGGCAACGAGACGGGGCAGCCCCAGGAGGCCCUGACCAGGACCACCAUCUCCUGGGAGCCGCAGCUGGCCAGCUCGGAGUACAUAGUGACGUGCCUUCCUCUGAGCCCCCACGGGGAGAAGACCUUCCAGGCGAGUCUCCCAGGCUCCUCCACCGGUGCCACUCUCAUAGGCCUGACCUCCGGUGCCUCCUAUAAGGUGACUGUGGAUGGCCUGAGUGGAGUGGACAAGCACACGGUUCUUGAGAAGAUUCUCACUGCUGGUGAAUCAGUUCAAGAGACCUUGCCCUCCAAGGACACCUGCUACGACACGUUCACCGGCACCACUUACGAGGUGGGCGCCGAGUGGGAGCGCAUGUCCGACACAGGCUUCAAGCUCUGGUGCCGGUGCCUGGGGCUCGGCAGCGGCCAUUUCAGAUGCGAUUCAUCCAAGUGGUGCCAUGACAACGGCAACAACUACCGCGUCGGCGAGAAGUGGGACCGCCAGGCGGAGAAUGGUCACAUGAUGAGCUGCACCUGCCUGGGCAACGGGAAGGGAGAGUUCAAGUGCGAGCCACAUGAGUCCACGUGCUACGAUGACGGGAAGAUGUACCACGUGGGGAACCAGUGGCAGAAGGAGUACCUGGGAGCAAUCUGCACCUGCACCUGCUACGGGGGACAGCGGGUAAGAGCUCCUGCCCUCAGCUGUGCAUCUGUUCUGCUGGGGCUGGAUGGGCAGGCGUGA